AUGGUAUAUGACUGGGACGCACAUCAGCAGACAUGUUAUCGGCUGUACAUCGAAGAGGGCAGGUCCCUCGAGGACAUUAUGGAACAUUUGAAGAAUGUUCACAAGUUCACACCGAGCAAACGAGCAUUUCAAACACAGUUUCGUCGUUGGAACUUUCCCCCAAAGCAACGCCCAGCGUACAAGAAUGACCGCUUGGUAAGCCGCAUCAAGGAGCUCUGGGAGAAGAAUUUAGCCCAGAGAGAAAUGCUGCGGAUUUUAAACGAGGAAGAUGGCUUUGAUAUCAAGGCUAGGGAACUUAUGAGAGUACGAGCACGGCACCGGUGGCUGUUGAGAGUACCCAACGGAGAUAAAGGCAAGGUCCUCUUUGGGGAUGACGACGACGACCAAACUGAGGGAGAGGAUUUGCAAGGCUCGCCUGUACCCAUGACAGAUAGAAGUUCUCCCGCAGGUGCGAAGAACAUCUUGUCUGGUACCGGAUCAGAUACACAGCAAGAUUCAGACCACGACCGGGGCGCUUCCACGGGGAUUUCCAGGAGGAAGCGAAGAAGGGCGAGACAAUCUGCCACAGGAGGCGAACCGGGAUCGCUAAAUCGUUUUCCAUCAGAGAUGACCCUCGACGAGGCACGAGUGAUUCUUAGUCUUGAUGUUUCGAUAUAUCGUGCCCUGAGGACACAGUUUCAGCAGAUUUGCCACGACGAGAACGUGUCUAAGAAGACAACGGCAGGUGCGGAGAAGUGGGAUGCAGUAAAGGCUCGGCUCGUUCGUCAGCUUCCGGAACUCCAUAGCUUGUUGUGGGCAGGUAAAGAGAGUCCUGAGACUCGACAGCUUGCUCUAGAUGUCAUAUGUACAGAUGUUACAAAGCGAAUGCGAACCAUGGAAACGAGGAUGACACUGGCAGAAGCGAAGAACAUCCUAGGAAUAAAUCCAGAGCAAUCACGCGAGAUGCGGAUGGCUUUCCACCAAGUGCUUGCGGAUUCUGGCUUUACUUGCAAGUCAGACACGACACCGCAACAGUGGGAAGACUUGAAGCGCAAAUGGGGAGACAAGUCAGGAUUGGUAAGGCGAAUAAUGAUAAAUAUAAGGACAGACGGCGACGAAAAGCAAGAGCAGGCUCGUGCUUUGGAGGUCCUAGCUAAAGAUAUUAUGAAGCGGCUACGGGAUGAAAGAGGCCGCAAAGACUCACGGAAGCAGCACCAACAACAACAACACCACCACCAAAUCUUGCCAAUCAGCCCAGCCGUAUCACCACAUGCUGGGCAAACAUCAACAGCUUCCAAAAUGGGGCAUGCGCGUAGUUCUCCGUCCAACGACCAGGUGGAUCUGGCGGAGGGCAUGGCAAAUCCCAAUUUCGAUACCAUGUCAGAGGUAUCUCAUGCAUCACAAAUGGCCUUUAGUCCAGCAAGCAGCAGCAUGGGCGGGCAUUUAUCGAUAUCACUGCAAUCACAGGCGUCCAACAUGUCAGAUUCCCAAGACGGCCUACCACAACCGUCCCGAGUUCUCGGCUCAUCCCCGAUGCCGCCCGGCAUGGGACUGGAAUCGCAAAUGAGCUCGUCACUGCUACUCGGGCCCAACACUCAAGCUGCGUUUAUGGACCAAUCCUACGUGCAGCAGCAGUUUGCACCGCCAGCUACAUCAGCACCCGUAUUUCCGCAAGUCCAACCAACAUCUACGGCUUGUGCCAUUUUCCUACGCCUCCACCCGUCAUCGUCGAGCUACAUCUCCAGUCCAAAUAUUUGGAUAGCCACGCUUACUUCGCACUCAGUACAGGAGCUUCGGCAAGUAGCUGUCGCAAAGUUUCCCGGGACGGUGUGCGUCCGAGUGGAAGGCGUUCUUAAAGAUGGAAAGGGAUGUGAAUUGCCGCUGCAUAUCGAACAAGACCAAGAAUUGGGCGCUUACUUGGCACACUUGGAAGGGACCGCCCCAACGUUCAACGUCCAACUUGUGUGGAAGACAUCUUGA